CAACCACGCAAAUAAAGUACUUCCGAGGCUAAAAACAUGGCGGCUCAAACAGGGUUGUCAGCACCGGUUCUUGGCCGUAGCUGUGGCCCUGCUUUCGAUCCGGAGGCUCCAUCCUUCACUCCCAUGGGUACGGACGGUUGGCAGCUCGGUCCGCCGUCGGACGCCGAGAAACAGUUUUCCCGCUGCGCCGCAAAGCUCAGAGCUCUGCGGGCAGACUCAGGCCAACUCAGAGAGGAGCUCAACCUGCUGUUUGACCACCUGCUGUCCGAAAACUACAACAAAACCUUCUACCCCAGCAUUAACAUCCGACCAGAGGAUGUGUGUACUCUGCUGAAACAUGCCAGCUUUCUUGUGCCACUGAGUCAAGAACAUUUAGUCAUCAAAUUCUGCCAGCUAAUGCAUCAUCUACUAAAUCAACUAAAGGUAAUAAUGGAUGAGCAGACAUUGGACGUGUUGUUGAACUAUACCGCCAGUGCACUGAAGAUGUGCAGUACAUGGACACACUCAGAUGUCCUCCUGGCACUCUCCACAGUAGUGUAUGGGAAUGGACCUCAGUGCCAUCAGCACCUCAGUGACUUACUGGGUGAAGAUGGAGUGCUUCUGCUGUACAGUGCUCCAUCUCAGCCAAAUAUGGAAUUACGCCGCGUUGCUCUUAACUGUAUGGCCAACAUCUGUCUCAGAAUCCCGGGUCAGCCGCCUUUGGAUGAUCAAUACAGAGGUGUCUGUUUCAGAGUCUUUCUGACAACACUGCAGUCGCCCAAACCCCCCAACACUGAUGAGCUCUUCUACUGCAUGGUGAUCCAGGCUGCACUGAAAGGACUUCAGUGUUGUCUCUCCGGUGGAAAGUGGAAGUUUAAUGGAGGGGAGGAGCUUGGAUCUGUACUGGCCAUACUUAAGAGGCUCAUGUUCCAGGGAGCUCCGGGAGUGAGUGUCGAGUGGCCGGCGGUGCUUUACCCAGCACCUCUUCCUCAGUAUGAGGGUCUCUCUGCGCCAAAAUCUGCUGAACCACAAAAACCCUCUGAACCACCAAAGGAUGCCGCUGCGCCAGGGAAAGCCUCAGGGAAUAAAAAGAGGAAAUCUAGAGGAAAGGGGAAGAAGACGAGCACAGAGGGGAGCAGAGGGGAUGAUGGAGAGGAAGAUGAUAGAGAGGCAGUGUCUGCACUACAAAAAGGAGGGGGAAGAGAGGGAGGCAGAGGUGAAGGAGAGUCCUUGUCUAAACCCUCUGCCCCAUCUCUCUACCCGUCCUGGAAACUAAACAGUUCUGACUCAGAGUUUUCCGACAUGGAGGGCAACGCACAGAGCAAAUUAAGACUUAACCACGGCCAUGUGCGUCAGGGAGCUUUGCACUGUUUGCUAGCAGUGGUGAAAAGUGUGGAAAAGCGGACUCUGUACGGGUACUGGUCCUCCUUCAUCCCUGACUCUCCUACUGGGGGACAACCGCCUCUCACUCUGCUCACAAUUAUACUGAAGGACCCAUCGCCAAAGGUGCGUGCAUGUGCGCUUCAGGUAUUGUCGGCCAUGCUGGAUGGCUCCCGUCAGUUCCUGGCUGUGGCUGAAGAUACAGCGUCUCCUCGUACAUCUUACACCCCUUUCUCCUUCUCACUGGCCACUGCCAUCAGAGAGCUGCACCGUGCUCUCAGUCUGGCUCUGCUGGCUGAGACCGCCCCUCAGACACUCACACAGGUCAUAAAGUGCCUGGCCUAUCUGGUGGCCAACGCUCCCUACCACCGUCUCAGACCUGGUCUGCUCAGCCCGCUCUGGAAGCAGAUGCGUCCUUAUGUGCGCCACAGAGACGUGAACGUGCGCGUGUCGGUCCUGACACUCUACGGCGCUCUGGUGACGACUCAGGCUCCUUUCCCCGAGGUGCAGCUCCUCCUCCGACAGCCGGACAGUGGCAGCAGCAGCGCCGGCUCCUUCACGCCGCAGGACUCGGCUCUCAGCUGGAGACAACGAGACGGGACAUCCUCACCCUCUCGCACACCGGUCACACCCUCCCAGCGCAGCUCGCACACGCACUCCCCCCACAUUCUUCGCACGCCGGGGGAGGAGGAGAGCUCGCCGCCGUGGCUGCUGCAGCUGUGCGUGUCGCUGGUGACUCAGCCCAGAGAGGACCAGUCAGACAGCGAGGGAGCGGGAACAGGAGGUGGUGCUGCUUUGGAGCCCUCACCUAUCCGAUUAGAAGCUCUACAGGUCCUGUCCCACCUGGUACGUGGCUAUUUCUCUCUAGCCCAGGCAUGUCUGUGUGAUAUUGGGCAGGUGAGCGCACGCUGCCUUGGGGAGACCGAUCCCUCCAUACAACUGCAUGGAGCAAAGUUACUGGAGGAGUUGGGGACAGGAAUAAUCCAGCAGUACAGAGCAGAGAACAACGUGCCUGAGAGCUUGAGAGUCCCCAUAAGCCAAGUGGUGCAGUUUUGGUCAGAAGUCUUGAGCGGUCCGCUGAACGGAGUGCUGCAGAGUGAACAGCAUCCCAUGCUGCAGUCGAGCGCCUGCGACACGCUCUCCUCCAUCCUGCCCCAGGCCUUCGCACAGCUGCCUGACAAGACCCAGCUGAUGUGCAUCACUGUGCUGCUGGGGCUGACCUACAGUGAAAAUUACCUGGUGAAGACGGCAGCUGUCAGGGCUUUGGGAGUCUACAUACUGUUCCCUUGUCUGAGAGAGGAUGUGAUGUUUGUCGCAGAUACAGCAAACACUAUCCUCGCCACCCUGGAGGAUCGAUCUACAAACGUCCGUGCUAAGGCUGCCUGGUCUCUAGGCAAUCUCACAGACACACUUAUUGUCAAUAUGGAGAGUGUGGGUGUGGACUUCCAAGAAGAGUUGUCAGACAUGCUGCUGCUCAAGAUGUUGCAGGCAGCUACUCGAGCAUCAGCCGACAAAGACAGGGUGAAGUCCAACGCAGUGCGAGCACUCGGCAAUCUGCUUUAUUUCCUGCGCCGGAGUCAGCUGACCCGGUCUGCUUUCCAGCGCCCACUGGAAGAAGCAGUACGAGCUCUCGUAAAAACUGUCCAGUCAGAGGCCACGAUGAAGGUCAGAUGGAACGCCUGUUACGCCUUGGGAAAAGCUUUCAGAAACCCAGCCCUGCCACUCGACUCAGCCCUGUGGUCUUGUGACGCGUUCUCCGCCCUCUGUCAUGUCGUUACCUCCUGCAAGAACUUCAAGGUACGGAUCAAAUCGGCCGCCGCCCUGGCCGUCCCCGCCCGCCGCAGCUGCUACGGCGACACGAAGCGGUUCAGCUGCGUGUGGCGCUCGCUGGCCACGGCGCUCGAGAACAGUGAAGACACAAACGACUUCUUAGAGUACCGCUACAGCGCCAGCCUGCGACACACGCUCUCACAGGCUCUCCUGCACCUGCUCAGCCUCAGUCAGUCUCAGGACAUGCCCGCCCUCGGGCAGUCGCUGGCGGGCGAGGAGGGGAAGGGCAUCAAAGAGCAUUUGAUCAGAUAUCUCAGAGCAGAGGAGGGAGGAGGGGAGGGGGCGGAGGGAGAGAAAGAUGCAGGCGGGGACGGUUUCAAUCCUCAGCAGAGAAUCGGAUGUCUGCAGCAGACUCUGAUCAGACUGAAGGGGUUGGAGGCUGAAGGGGAGGGAGGGGGAAAGGAGGAGAGAGGGAAGGAGGUAGUGGUCAGUUUUCUGGAGGAUUUGACGAAGACCUGUGAAGAACUGUCCAGCUGCAGCGCUGGGUUUCAGAAAACUGAGACCUGAGAUCACAAAAGCUUGUCUCUCAAGUCUGGACAGAUCAGAGCAGACUAACCAAAAGAGGAAAGACGUCCAAUUGCAAACUAUCAAAGCAGUGACUGCAGGCAAAGAUUAUGUCAUAAUGUGAUUUAAGGACAUCAUAAGGAACCACAACAGGCCUUGUAUGUUUUUUCAUUUUCCUCUUGAAGUUGGCAGAAGCUUUUUAUAUACUUUUAUUUACCUAAUUGCACUUGCACUCUUAACAUCUGAUAUACAAAGGCAUGUAGUGAAAUUACAUUUCAAGAACAACUUCAUCGACAAACAUAAAGACUGAGAUUAAGGCUGGGUGAAAAUUAGUUGUUUUCUGACUUUCAGUGAAACCAUAUUGUUAUCAUAUGAACAUAUUGUUUUAUUAUUUAACAAAAUGUAGUUGUCCAAGUUAAUGAAUGUGAGCAAAGUGAUUAAUUGAAGUUCUUGUUUUACAUAUGUGGGGAGUUUUGUCUGAUGUAAUGUCUGAAAGUGGAACAUGGUUGAUCGCAGUCAGUUUUAUUUUGUUUUUCGCUUUUUAAAUAUUUUAUUUUACAUUAAUUUGCCAGAUCAACAUUGGAGAUCUAUUCUUAAUACCAUUAUAUUGAUUUAGUAUUGCCCAGCCACAAUUCAGAUAAUGAAGUACACUACAUUGUCUGUGUGAACACAGUAAUGAUUACACUGACUGGACUGAGAGACUGGAUAUCUGUGGAGCAAAUAAGAUGUUCAAAACAAUAAAUACAAUGAUUUCCUGCA